AUGCUAAAAAAGAUUACAUAUGGAUGUCAGAUAUCGUUGUCGUUAUGCAGUGAGAAUGAGUCCUACCUUUCAACUGAUUAACUUAAUGAUAAUUUAUUGGUUCAUAAGGUCACUCAUCAAAAUGAGAUUCUGAACUUUGAUAAAUGCAUUUUUAUGAUCAUCCCUGUUCUCAACCAUUUUUGGAUGGCCAAAUUGGUAGAGAUAGUCAAGAAUGACAUUGACAAAGAAAUCAAUAAAAAGGAAUCCACAAUUCAAUCUAGACAACAGACUAUAAAAUCUUAUGAAAACAAUCUUGAUGAGGAGAUGACAGCCAAUAUCUCAUGUUUCUAAAAACUGCAGGACACUUCACUACUAUUUGGAACAUCCACUUUUCAUUUGGUUCACAAAGAUUCUCUUCGCUUUGUGAUGAUAGAUCAAGAAUCAGUUCGAUUGGUUGAAUUUCCAUCUGACUACACUGUAUUGCACUUCCAACCAGUCUAUUAAUAUCAGAAACAGAUCUCAUGCAUCUUGGAUUCAGAGACUGUGACUCUGUGUGCUGCAAAAUCCAUAUAAAAUAGGAAAUGUUAUUUGAGACUGAUAUCCAAGGAUUCAGAAGACCAGGUGUCCUCCACCUAGAUCAAUCCAACAUACUUAAAAAUGAAUUUAUAUAGCAGUCUACAAGAGAAUGAGGAUUUGUUGUAUGCAGGAGAUCUGAUUGCAAUCAACCUAAGUGAAACCAAUCUGUUUCUGAAUGCCAAAUAGCCGUAUGAUACAUUUCAUGAAAUAGCUGAUUAUCAGAUACAAAGACUACAAAACCAAUUGAGUUCAUUGACACUCACCAAAAUCAUCUACGAGGAUCUCAAGGUGACCUUCGAUGACGUAAUUGAAAGAAUCGGCAUGAAGAGAGUCUAGAAACUUCAGAGCAGUUCAUAUUGGAAGAUAGAAAAAACAAAUGGACAAGGAGGAUAGAUUUAAUUUUAUCAACUGGUUAGAUUAAAACAUAAUCAAUCCUCUCGAUAUUUGGAGUUGUUGAAUGGUGAUCCCAUCUUAACUAAUUAAUUGAGUAAACUCUCCUUGUUUAUUUUAAUUCCCAUAGAUGAAGGAUAAAAAAUUUUAAAAAAGGACUCUUAUUUCAAGAUUUAGCAUUAUCAAUCUGGGAUAUAUUUGGAAGAUUAGAAAAACAGACAAGAAAAUAGAAACAUUAACAUCUUGAGAUUACGCAAGAUUGGAGAAUACGAAGACACUGAAACCAAAUUACUCUAAUAUUCUGUUAAGAUUUUUAUAGAAGCCAUAGAAUUAUUGCAAGACAUUAAUGAUUAAGAAGUGAAGUGUUCAGUAUACGAUAUGAAAAAUAAAGAAGGGGAGAUCAGAUUAAAAAUUUAGUUUUACUUCCUAUAUCAAAAGGUUAAGCAAAUACUGGCCUAUGUGAGUGACUUUCUAAUGAACAAAUUGAUUUCUAAUCUAUCGCCUAAUCAAAAAUAUAAUCAAAUCUCAUUCAUACGAUAAGAUUCCUUCAGAUAAGAACCGUUGUUUCCGCUUAUUUGUCUAUUGUUUUAAAUGCUCAAGCCAGAAUUGGUUGAUUAAAUAGCUCAAAAUGACAAAGACUUUUUUGAAAAAGAAGAGAAAUUCUAUUAGAUCACAAAAACAAUCAGCAGAACCGACAGAGAUGAAGGAAGGAUCAUGUAUUACUACAGUUUGCAACUUAAGAUGCUCUAAGUAUAAUUAAUUGAAACUAUUAACAUCAUUUGUAAAGACAAUAUCGAAAAUUAGAAUUGCUUUUUCUAGUUUCUGCCUAUACUCCAUAAGCACAUAAUACUCUAUCCUGAAUUCAUCGCAGUGUUAAAUAGUCUAGUUUGUAAAAACCGAUUUUUUCUAGAAGAUCUCUCCAAAAUUAGAAAGAUUUCAUCCAACAAACCAAAUAAAAAUGUAUUCAUUCUUGAGUGGUUGACAGAAAAGGUCUCUUUAAAUUCUGCAGCCAAAACUGAAAUCCCAUUUAGUCAAAAAACUGAAAUUUUGCAUUUAUUAGCCACCUGUUGCUCUUUCGGAGUUGAGGCGAUAUUUGCAAAUCAAGAGAUGAUUUUCAAGAUGUUGAUAAAUAAGAAGAAGAACAUUACCUUAAUGAAAUGUGUCGUAGACGAGGAAAAGAACAUUAUUAUUGCUUGUAAUGGCAAGAUGGGCCCUGUUUCUAUUAAAUUUGAAGCCUAUUUUGAACCUGAUCAUAAGAAUUCCAAUCCUCAUUAUUAGGAAGAACUCAAUUUUCUAAAGGCUCAAUUCUUCUUAUACUCUUAACUAUGUUUAUAGAGAAACUAUGAUUCUAUCAAAUAUUUUGGUGAACAAUUCAGUGACAACUCCCUUGUUCCCUUAUUAAAUAAUAACUUGAUUGAUCCAGAGUUAAGAGCACACUUGAUUGCUCUCUGCAAAAACAUUUACUUGGACAGAGACCCUUUAAUCUCUCAAGCAAAGCCAACCCUUAUCAGAGUGAACAUUCGUAAUAGUUAAACAUUCUUUGAUAACAUGUUUUAUGAUGACGACGACGAAGUGUUCGAUAAGGUGGAGUUAGAAACGAAAUCCUUGUAUUACGUAAUUAAUCAACUCAAAGAGAUAAUGAGUUCUUAUUUAAAGUAAAUGGUUCACAAUCUUCAAGAGUAACAACCUCUAAAAGUAUACAAUCUUCUCACUUUAUAAAUUAUGAGAAUCUUAUUCAUGUUAUUGCAAUUUGGAUAGUUUUCUAAUAUAAAUGAUGAGAUGGCCAAGUAUAGGAUGGACGACUCCAAGGAAAUUGAGUAUGUUUUGGAAAGAUUGAUAUAACAGUUGUCCGUAUUACUGGAGUAUGACUUUGAUUAUUAAAAGGCGAAUUCUAUAUUGAAAUAGAAGAAUGUCAAUGAGAAACUAGCAAAGAUCAUUUAAAUUUAAUCAUUGAAGUUCUUUAGGAAAGCAGAAAAAAAGAAGAUCAAUAAAAGCAGCAUUGAGACAAUUAGAGAUCCUCUCUUAAGAAAACUGCAGAAUGUUAAACGAGUUCUGAACAGAUUUUACAAUAAGAUCUUUAGUGCUUAAACGAGUACUUCAGAUUAUGAAAUAGAAAUUAAAAUAGAGAUUUGCAAAAUAUUUUAAUAUCUUUUGGAUAUGAGAUUGGACUUUAUGAUUGAUAAUGCAAUUGCUUUCUUCACCAAUACAUUCUUGCCUUCUGUUUCUAAGAAAUUCAUACAUUCUGAUAAAUAAUCGCUGCAUGGUUCAACUGAGAACAAGUCCAAUUUGUAGAGUCAUACAGUCUAUUAUAAAAAGAAAUAUUUGGCUUAAUUGUAAGGACUAUUGAGGGAAGAUCUCCUCAAGCCAGGAUAGAAGAAGUUUCAAUAAAGAGGAAUUAAGGAUCAUGUUCAGAUCAAUAGGAUUAGACACUUUGAUAGGAUUAUUGAUAGACCAUUUAUAGAGGUGUUAUUGAAAGGAUUCUACUUUGCGAACGAUCAUGUCCUUUAGAAUCACAUCGUAGAAUUGAUUGAAAGAUUCUAAAAUCAAAGAUCCGAGUUUUGUAAUUACUUAAAGCAAAUCUAAAUGAUAAUGACAAAUAAUUUGUAGAUUAUCUAUAGGACGAUGUAUAUUUUGGUUUAAAAGUUGAAAAACAAUGUGCAGAAUUCCUAAAUUUGGUUACGUCUCGAUAUUCCAAUAGCAUUGAAUGAAAAGAAUGAGCAAACAAUUGAAAAAGUGUUAGAGAAAUUGGUUGAGAUCUAUACAAUAAUAUCUAAAAAUGAAGCCAAUGAGAAAUCAGUUAGAAAGAUAUUCUUAAAUUGUGGUGGUUACUAAGUGGUCCACCAAUUAAUAGUUAAAUGCUUGUCAGUGGUUGAUGUGAAUAUGGACAUCUUCGAAUGCAGUUUUGAAUUAAUUGAUUAUGAUGAGUAGAAAUAGUAUCAACAAGAAUUGGCUGAGAAGAUUCUAUCCAUCUUUUAAGCAUGUCUUCGCUUAGUGGGACUAUCAGUCAGAAAUGAUUACUAAAGCUAAGAGUUUGUGUUGAUCAAACUAGCAAGGCCCUUAUUAAGAUACAAUAUGGUGAAUUUGGGUCAAAUCGAAUUAAUAAAUGAAUUGUUUUCCAAUAAUCAAAGCUUGUUACCUUUAGUGAAUUCAAACGAUUUGUAUCAGUUGUUAGAAUAUGUCAAACUCUAUGGAAAAUACUAAUCCUUUAUAGAACUCUUCACUUCAAUUGUCCGAAACAAGUAGUGCUAAUCACUCUACAAAGACAUCUAUUAGGCCUUAAUUUAAUGCGAAUCAAAGGAUAUUAAUCCAUUUUAGGAAAACUAUAACUUUUAGAAAUUCUAUCCAAAUUAACCAAACAUUGAGGAAUUUCGAUAGAGUUUCCUUAAAAUAAUAGAAGUUGUUUUAAUUCAUGAUGAUAGAGCAGCCUUAUCAGUCAAAAUGCUAGAAGUGCUUGAUUUCACUGAUUUGACAUCCUAUUUGUUAGAAAAGACAUAAGAAAUGAGGAAUACUAACUUGGAUGUCGAAUUAUAGGAUAGUAUAACUAAGAUUAAAUUUUUCGUCUGCAGAAUAAUAUUCACUUUAUCAAAGAAGAAGAAAAAAUUGUUGUUAGUUCAUGAGAGUUAUUUUUUACAAAUUAUCAGUAUCGAAGCAUCGUGGCUUGAGUAGUAAGAGUUCUUAUAGCUUUCUGCUAAGACUUACAUAGUUGAAGCAUUAUUGCCUUUAAUAAAUACGUACAACGAAUAUGCCAACAAGAAAAACUCAUUCAAAACAGACAUAAUCUAAAUUAGAUGUUACGCUUUGAGUGUUCUAAAACAAUAUUCACAAUUGACUAAGAAUGGUGAUACUUCAACGAAGUAUUAAGUUCACAGAUUGAUCAAAGCCUUUGAUAUGAAAGUUCCAGAUGAAAGGAGUGAAUCAGAUUCAGAUCAGGAGAGAUUGAUGAGUGAUAUGUACGGAGAGACGUUUAAGACUGAAAAGUUUGAGGAAUACUAAGCCACAGAAGUAAGUGAUGGAUCAGAUCAAGGGUGUAAUGAUUUAGAGUUAUGGGAAUUCUUUAAGAAAUUAUUCGAAAACAAUCCGAAAAUAAAGGAAUUCACUGAAACUGAUCAACUAGCUUAAUCCAUUUGGUAUGUGAGCGACAUGUUUACAAAUGAUUUUUGGUAGGACAAAGAGAAAAGAUAAUUGAUUCUUACAAGUGAUGAUAUACUACAAAAGGUUUUAGGAUUUUUAUAAUUUUGGAAGUCAAACAAAGCGUCUAAAUAAAGUGCCAUAUUUGCCAUAAAAUUGUUAAUACAAAUAAUAAACAUAGAUGGGAACAGAAUUCAAAUACUUGAUCAAUUAGGAGGCACAAAAGUCAUACUAACCUUAAUUUGGGAAGAGAAUGAAAGUGAGAAUGACUACAUUAUUUAAUUAUUGAUUCUCAUUAAAGGACUCUUGGUGAGUAAGCAUGUUUAGAAGACAACCUUAACUUUUUUGAGUCUUGCUAUUUCUAGUGACAAGUUCUUUUAAAAAAUGGAAAUGCUAUUGACAAUCGAGCAGGAUUUAAAAAUAUCUACUUUGGUUUUGGAAAUCAUGGAGUUGAUGUGUAAUGACAAUAACAAGGAGUUACAAAAUUUGAUCCGUUAUUAGAAAAACAAUAAAAAGUCAUAUGAUCUCGUUCAGUAGACAAUCAAUUAUCUGUGCUCUUUAGACAUUAAAAAUAAUUACGAGUAACUAAUUUAAUGUUUGAAGACAAUCAAGUCUCAAGCGUAUGCAUGUAGACCAAAUCAAACAUUAGUGGCAAAUUCUAAAUUUGUUGAAUUCUCUAUUCGAGUGUUAAAUGACUCAUCAUUAAAAUCUUAAUUAGAUGAUGAGCAAAUUAAUUAAUUGAAACAUUAGUGUUUAAUAAUCUUGUUGGUGGUGGCUGAGAUUAAUACCAAAGAUGAUUAUAUUGUACAGAAAUUAAAGAAAAUAGUUCCUAAGACAGUGUUAGUAUAACAUUUUGUAAAUGUAUAUCAUUAGAUGGUAAAUUGUUAUGGUGAUGUCAAUUACUCGAAAUUAAUAUUUGAAGAUCAACCAAAUUUCAUUAUGGAAAGUGGAUUCAAUGCUUACAUUUUAUAUGUUAUCCUUUCAGAACUGAAUUAUGUUGUGGAGGACUUGGAAGAAUUUAAAAAAAAUGAAGAUGAAGGGUAAUUAGUCUAAGAUUUCCUGAGGGAUAAUAUAUUAAAUGAACUCUCAAGAUUGGGCCAAUCCUUGAUGCAACAUGGAUUGGAGUAGUUGAAUCAAAUCAAAUAGUAAUUUAGUGGCCAAGUUGAAGAAAAGAUCAACAUAAUCAAAAAGCACGAGAUGAUCCACAAGGCAUUCCAAUUUUACAAAUUGAAUACAUUACAAGUUGAAUUUGUUAAAGAUGAUGUACUUUACCUGACUUAUUUUCCAAAGUUGCCAUGCUUCUACUUAUUAAGAUAGGAAACCAAAAAGUAAUUCUUAGAUCAAGCAGAUAGAACAAGCACUAAAACAAAAAUAAUUAGUCUUGUUAACUUUGUGGAUUCAGCCUAUAAGUUUAUGCUGCAUUAAGAGGCUCUGAGAGACUACUUUAAGAACCACAAGUUCUUAGAGAUAUUGGCUAGAAGAGGUAAACUCUGGAUGCAACUUGCAUUCUACAAUGGAUUCUUAAUUAAUUUAAUCAUAAUUUUAAGUUAUACUCAAUUAGCAUUUCCUCCUGGAUACUAACCAAAAGAUCCUGAUGUAAUUUAAUAUUACCGAUUGAAUGAACCAAGAUUCUUAGGAGAUUAUAAUAACACAAAUACUAAGUACUAUUUGAUGAUCUUGGCUUAUUUGAAUUUGGCUAUAAAUUUCAUGGUUUUGUUUUUUUAUCUCAUUGACAAAGCCCCUGUUAAGUUGUAGUUUGUUUGGAAUGCUUGGCAUGCUUCUUCACUUAUCGGACAUAUGAUUUCUGGGUUGAUUAAGUUCUGGUCAUUGAUUUCGACAUAAUAUACUACAUUCUUCAGAUAGCGUUCAAUAUCAUUGGAAUAACAAUUCAUCCAUUUUUUUUUGGCAUUUCAUUUGAUCCACAUUCUCUAUUUGGAACCACUUAUACCCAUUUUAAAGGCUGUUUGGUUGGCUAAAUUUAAAUUCAUUGGAUUAUGGUUAAUAAUAGUGCUGUUUGAAUACUGGGUAGCCUUGAUAUCAUAUGUGUACUUCUUUGAGUUUUUCGUUACUGACAAGAAUCAGAAUCUUUGCGAUCAUUUAUGGCAAUGUGUUUAUGUGACCUUUGAUUGGACAUUUAAAACAGAUGGGUCUGUUGGAGGGAUGUUCGAAUCGUAUCUGAGCAAUCUCAAUAAUUACUAUGGAAGAUUCUUCUAUGACAACAUCAUCAACGUAAUCGUAAAGUUGUGCGUCAUUAAUGUGCUCCUGGCUGUCAUUAUCAUUUCUUAUUCAGAAUUGAGGUCAGUCCAAAAGUAAAAGGAGAAGGACUAGAAUCACAAGUGCUUCAUUUGUGGAAUUGACAGAUUGGUGUUUGAUAAAACUAGUCAAAACACUGGGUUUUGGCAUCACAUUAAGGUUGAACACAACAUUUGGAAUUACCUAUUCUAUAUGUGCUAUUUGAGAAUGAAGUAAUCCAAUUUUAAUAAUGGUGUCGACAAUUACAUACGAGCAAAGCAAUUGGCUGGAGAUUACUCAUGGUUUCCAAUUAGAAGAGCCAAAGCCUUGUCUGUUAAGUUUUAAAUGAUUGAGAGUGUCAAACACAAAAAUGCAACUUCAAAGUCUAAACUAAUCUGCAUGCUCCACUCCUUAAGAAGACUGGUUUGGAUUCAUAAAUAAUUCUGA